AUGGGGCUAAGUGUACAAAUUUUAACACUUGUAUUUUUAUCGUAUAUAACUGUAAAUGCCUUACCGUUUGGCGAUCACUUGGUACCGGGUGUUGACAACAGUAACAAAUGGGUGGUAUUAUGCGCCGGUAGUGGUGGCUGGGAAAACUAUGGUGACCAGGCUGUAGUAUACCGGGCUUACCAUUUAUUGCGAUCGUAUGGCAUACCUGAUGAUCAUAUCAUAGUUUUUCAUUACGACGACAUCGCCAAUGACACCGAAAACCCGACACCCGGUAUAGUAAUCAAUGAGAUCGGAGGUCCCGAUGUCUAUAAGGGUGUACCAAAAGACUACACCGGAGAUGAUAACAACCCUGAUAAUUUUUUAAAAGUAAUCCAAGGCGACCUUGAACUUGCUUACCAGGGCAAAAAGGUGGUCAAUAGUGGUGUUGAUGAUCAUAUAUUCAUAUUGUUCGCGGACCAUGGAGCAUCCCAUUAUGUCCAGUUUUCAACGGGUUUACUACACGCCGAUGACUUAAACAAUGCGUUCAUAUCGAUGCAUAAAAAUAAUAGUUUCGCCAAACUUGUGGUUUAUAUUGACGCGUGUGAGUCGGGGUCAAUGUUCCGGAAAAUUUUGCCUGAUAACAUUAAUGUCUACGCUAUAUCAUCAUCCAAACACAACGAGCUCAGUUGGUACUGGAAUUACAGCGAAAAAUAUAAAACAUUUUUAAGCUCAUUUUUUGCAAACAAUUGGCUGGUUAAUGAUGAACAGAAUGACCUGGAUAAGGAAGCUAUUCAGCAGCAAUACGAAUACUUUAAGGAACAUACGCUUGUAAAUUAUACUUGGUUAAAUACGACACACGUAUUACACGCUCAGCAAUACGGUGACUUAUCAAUCAGUAAUCUGACCGUGUCACAAUUUUUAGGUCAUAAACCUAAAGGACAGACUAAUACAGUAACCAAAUCGGAGCAAAAUAAUGAUGCGGUCAACAAAUGGGACGUUUCGCUGGACUUACUUCACAGACGUAUUGAUGAGACGGAGGAUAUCGAUGAGAAAAAUGGUUAUUUGAAAAAAUUGGAAAACCUAUACAAAGGUCGCCAGUAUGUGGACAACCAUAUGACUGAAUACGUGAAUAGUAUUCAACACUUCAUACCAAACAUCGCAACCAAUGCUAUACUCCAUACGAAACAAGAGCUCAAUAAUAGACACUGUUAUCGACUACUGGUCGACACUUUUCAAAAAAAUUGCUUUGACAUAACCAAGAACUCCUAUACAUUGAGGAAAAUGAAUAUUUUUGUCAACAUUUGCGAGCAUUUAGGGCACGACUCCAAUGGUGUGAAUACAGCGGUCGACCAUUUGCUGCAAUACUGUCGACACAAUAUUCAACCAGAAUUUGCCACAAAUAUUGUUUGA